CCUGCAGAGCACGCACGUAUCGUUAGAACCCUGGAUCCCAGGAAACCCUCUGGUCCAGACACGACAGCGGAGCCUCAACCUCUCGAUCCAAAACAAACAAAAACAUCAGUUUGGACGUCUGCUUUUGGCGGUGACCCAGCUGUAGUGACACCCUACAGACCGAUAUCUGUCCUGGUGAACCCGCUAGAGUCCCUAGUGAGCGAACAACUGAGAGACUUGUAUUCAAACGACCGUGUCCCAAGUCUGCAGUCAGGUUUCAGAAAACCGCGCAGCUCGGGAUCCAAAGCAGUACGGGCUUCACUUUUUACUGAUCUGUCAAUGACCUUUGACCCUGUAGACCGUGCUGUUGUCACUCUGGGAUCGUCUGAACAUCGUGGUUCACAGCAGAAAGCUUUUAAUGAGGUCCAACAAACACUUGUGCAGGUAAAAUGUCUCUGCUGACGAGUCUAAGCUAACGUUGUUUUCUAACUAACCCUAACCUCUAAGGAUGCCCUCAGCGACCCCUGUUGAGGGAAACAUGGAGGUGGUCCACACACACAAACACCGUGGAGUCUGGCUCCAUGACUCCCUCUCCUUCAAGCCCACGUAGAUCAUCUUGUGAAGGAACUCAAACUGGUUUCUUUUUUCUGAAUAAACCGUUUCUCUUUUGAGGCAACUAAACGACCAGCUAGGGCAACAUUUCUGUCUAAUCUGGAUUACAGAGACCUUUAGUACACGAACGCCUCAGCACAGGCUCUUGGUAAGACCGAUGUGGUCGUCAUGCCUCGCUGAGGUUUAUCACUAACGACCACUGACCCAUCAUGGUGAACUGUUCUCCAGUGGGACGGUCUUGGUCCACCAGGAGGUUGGGACAUUGGUGCACCUUCAUUUAUGAGGCCAUGCUUGGAUUACUACCACCUACAUCUGUAACUUAAUCCCACAGAGAAGUGUAACUUCUCACCGUCUGCGUACAGCCAUCAGCUGUUACUCUGUUCUGUUUGAUCGCCCCAAACCGGGCUAAAGGUCUCUGGUUCACUCUCUCCAGGAACACUGGAAAUUAACCCGUUUAUCUCCAUGAAUACGUUUAAAACCAGACUGAGAGCCUUGAGACGGAUUCCCUGUGUUGCACCUGCCAUCUGUAAUCUAGUACAUAACAUGUCUGUGUAACUGUAACUUAGUAACUGUAACUGUUGCUGCCUCUGGGCCAGGACUCCCUAGGAAAUGAGGUUUUUAAUCUCAGUGGAACCUUCCUGGUUAAAUAACAGGAAAUACCAGUACAGGUGCACUCAGCUCUCAUGUCACUUCCGGUCUCCUGGUGGUCAUGUGACUAGGUACAAAAAAACUUUAUUAAAAAUGACUUUGAUAUCAGAAGCAAACUGAUUCUGGAACCCAUGAAAGAAUAAAUGGAAUAUCUCUGCCGGGAGGGGGCGGAGCCUGGAUUAGGCCCAUCCCACUGGAAGCACCAACCAGGUGGAGCGGACAUCACCCCUGGAGCUCCGCGGAUCUGAGCGGUUCUUAUCCGGAACAGUGAUGUCGGUUCCCUGAUCGGAACCUUCACGGUCUUCCUACCGGCUGAGAGCGACCAAAGCCUCCAACCGGACCCUCUGGGUUCCCAUUCCUUUGGCGCGGUUCGGAUGGCUGGACACGACUGGGAGGACUGGUUCGAGCGGGAGGAGUUGAUUGGACAAAUCAGCGACAUCCGAGUCCAGAACCUGCAAGUUGAACGGGAGGUGGUGCAGAAGAGGACCUUCACUCGAUGGAUGAACCUUCACCUCGAAAAGUGUGACCCACCCUUCCAGGUCCAGGACCUGUUCCAGGACAUCCAGGAUGGACACGUCCUCAUGGCUCUGCUGGAGGAGCUCUCUGGCUGCAGGCUGCUCCACAACUUCAAAAGGUCGUCUCAUCGUAUUUUUCGACUCAACAACAUUGCUAAGGUCCUUUCCUUCCUGGAGGAGAGAAACGUGAAGCUGGUCAGCAUUGAUGCAGCUGACAUUGCUGAUGGAAACUCCUCCAUCAUCCUGGGACUCCUCUGGAACAUCAUCCUCUUCUUCCAGAUUAAGGAGCUGACAGGGAACAUCCGGAGCCAGUUCCCCUCCUCCUCCAGCCUGUCUUCCAUUCCCACCAGCUCCGAUUCCAGCGUGCCGUCGGAGGAGAAGCCGUCUGUGGCUAGCACCAUGAGGGACAACGGCAAGGCCAUCAAGAAGCUGCUGCAUUGGGUUCAGAGGAGAACUCGAAAGUAUGGAGUGGCGGUGCAGGACUUUGGGAAGAGCUGGACCAGUGGUCUGGCCUUCCUGGCUGUCAUUAAAUCCAUUGACUCCAGUCUGGUGGACUUGAGGAAGUCCUUGCUGAGGAGUCCCAGAGAGAACCUGGAGGACGCCUUUAGGAUAGCUCACUACAGCCUUGGAAUACCGCGGCUGCUGGAGCCUGAAGAUGUAACCAUCAACACGCCUGAUGAGCAGUCGAUCAUCAUGUAUGUUUCUCAGUUCCUGGAGCACUUCCCUGGAGAGCAGGAGACUCCAGAACAGAGCCAGCUGAUGGAACGCAGCGUCUCCAUGGGCAGACUCAACUUCCGUGAUGGGCACUUGGACCACAUGAGGAGCGAUUCUGAAAGCAGCACAGUGAGGCAGCGCUCCAAGAUGUUCCAGAGCAACUCCAACCAACAUCCACCCAAAGUCCUGAUCUCCUCUGUGUCCGAGGACAGAGAUGUCCUGUUGCCACGUCUCAAAGUGGCUGCAGCACGCUCCUGGUCCAGUGAAGACUUCUUAACUGACUCCGCCCACAUGGGAGACAUCUCCAACAGUGCAAACCUCAAAGAUCAGACCAUUGUGGUGCCAGAAGACUCGGCCCGUGAUUCUGUUCAGCAGAACUUCACUCACUCACCUUCAUCAGUACCGAAGUCUGUGGUUGGUGACUCUGCCAUCAACUCUCCAGACUCCUGGGUGGAGAGUGAGCUGAUGCCUGAGAGCUUUUCUGACAGUUAUAGUGACGGCUCUCUCUGGGACAGUGGGAUGGCCUGGGAGGUCUACCGGGCAACACCUGUGGAGGUGACUCCGGUGGAUGAAGGGUUCAUCUCGUCCAUCGAGGACAGGGCUCCUGACGGGCAGUCCAUGACGGAGUCUUUCAUGGAUGAAGGUAUGAGCUCAAUAAGCAGCAACCAGGAACGAAUCCAUGUGCAGACCCAGGAGGAGGAGCUGGAGAACCAGGGAAACCUGGAGAGGUCUUACCAGGACCUGGGGACAGACCUGACGUCUGACCAGAAAGAGUCCUUUACUCAGCAAAUGGAGGGAGCUUCGUCUCAAAAAGACCAGGACAUCACUGCUGAGUCGCUGCUGAGCAGCUCUGGUCCUGAAAGUCUCACAGCAGAUCCUGUGAUCUGGUUCAACCCAAGGUCCCCUGAACCUCCAUCUCAUGAAGGAAACUGCUUUGGAGGAAGUCCUCUGAAGAAACAGGAAAAAGAUGAGAAUGAGGAGGAUGGACAAAUAAGCGUCUUAGGUGAGAGUCCAGGGCAGGAACGCCCUUCCCCGACCUCUGAGGGUCGGGAACCAGAUUCUCCUCCAGAAGAUGAAGGAAAGGAAGCGAGAAGUUGGUCAGAAGCUGUGGAUGCAAGGACUGAUGUGGCUGUAGGAGAACAGUAUGAAGACCUUUUAAGGAACUCCACUUAUUGUGAAGAAAACCGCUCGGAGACUUUAAAUGACUCGUACUCAACCAAGAAAGAGAAGCCGUCAAAAACAAGUCUGAACAUUCCUCUGAUCUCCAUCACCAGUGAGCCAGAGGAGGACAACCAAGAGCCAGAGCCUGAUCCAGGAGGGACGGAUCAAGAAGAACAUGAAGGUCUUACCCAGAAAUGUAUUCCAGAUGUCCAGAGUCCUCACGGUGCAGAAGAAAUGAACCAUGGAAGGAACGAAGUGCCUGCUGGGCAUCUCGAGUCGAUGGUCUACACUGAAAAUCAGCAUUUAGAUGAUGGCAGGUUUGGGGCGUGCUCAGACGAAGUAGGUGAAGACUUCCAGAAGGAACGUUCUGCUGGAGAACAUCCUCAGGAAGAAAGGGCCAUCACAGCUAGAGGUCCUUCUCUGGACACACUAAACCAGCGUGUAGAUCCUGAUGAAGACCAGGACAAAGUGACCAGCAGCUUCUCUGAACCUGAGACACAAAACUCCCAGAGGAACAUUCUAGAUCCAGUCAACCUGCAACACGAGGUUCUGGAUCCAACCAGUUUUAACCAGAAUAGUCAGGUGGGAACAUUGUGUUCUGAUUCAGCCGGUGUGCCCACAAACAUGGACUGGUUUUACUCAGACCCUGGUCCAAGUUCUGUGGAGGAUCUAGUUGGUGAUGGAGUUGAACCAAUGGAUCUGUUUUACCCUAACGAAGAAGAGCUGAUGGUACCAGAACCUUCUGAUGCGGAGAUGAAAAGGUGGCCUUCUGUUCUCAGUGUAUCUGCUCUUCAGCCGGCACCAGUAUCAGACGGACCAGAAGACCAGCAGCUGGGUGAAGACAUGCUGGAUGGAGAAGAUCUAGACUGUCUGAUAGAUGGAGCCAGUCAUCACCCUGCUGAUCCACCCUCAAACAUGGACCAGUGUGUUCUGUGCGGCGUGGCUAUCGGACCUCCAGGGAGAAGCGAGUCUCUUAGGAGCAAACUAGAAAGCUGCAGCAAGCCAAGUGAGAUCCAGAUCGCUCCGGUUCUCCGUCACAGAAAGGGUUCUCGUCUCUCUGACUCCAUGAACCUCCAGAGUACUGGACCCAGAUCAGCUGAAGAGCAGGAUGUUGCGCUCUGGUGGAAGGAGAACAUGGAGCUGUGUGUCCUGCUGCUUCUGUGGCUGCUGGUCUACUCCAUCAUGCUCCUGAAGGAACUGGACCUGAUGGUGCUGCCCAGCAUCAUGCCAUAAACACACACACACACACACACACACACACACACACACACACACACACACACACACACACACAGACACACACACACACACACACACACACACACACACACACACACGCACACACGCACACACAUGCACAUUCACACGCACACACACACAGACACACAUGCACACACACACACACACACAUGCACAGACACACACACACACACAUGCACACACACACACACACAUGCACACACACACACACACACACACACACACACACGCACGCACGCACGCACACACAGACACACACACACACACACACACACACACACACACACACACACACACACACACACACACACGCACACACACACGCACACACAUGCACAUUCACACGCACACACACACAGACA